AAUAGUGGAUAGCUGCACAUCGUGUAAAAUGGACCCAUUCAGUACCGGUUGAUUACCUACUUAAGAUAAACUACGUGAACGUUGAACAGCUAGUUAACAUCGCUAAUAUUAAAUGCGCUCUUCACAUACAAAAGUGGUAUACAUAUGAAACACAGUGAGUUAUAAAAUUGUAAUGCAACGUCAUGUCCGUGUGGAAGAUGUAGAUAGCAUUACUAAUCUGAAACAUAUUGCGGUAUUACACUGGUUUUAAGGCGAUACGGUUUGUGUAAAUAUUGUUUCAAGUGAUAACAAUAAUAAGUUGUGUUUAUUUUUAAUUUAAAUGGAAUAUAUUGUAAAACCACGGAUAAAACGAACCGGUGCAUAAAUGUUGUUUUAAUGGAAUACCACAACCUCUUAGCAAACGUGAAAAUAUUAAACAAUAUUAUCGCAUAUUGUUACCGUUGGAUUUACUUUGAAGUUUAAAGAAUAUAGCCAUUUACCUAAAACGUGAUUUAAUUGAUCAGUGAGUUAAUAAACAUGGAAGGAAUAUGCAGAGAUCGUUUGAUGGAGUUGCCUGCAGCUAUAUUUAACGUCUUUUCUUGCUCCAUGUGCUAUCACUAUCUGUUUCAAGGCGACAAAGGUUUACGACCGUCGGCAAUGUGGCCAUGGCCUUUGGUGCCGACAGACGCCGGACGAAAACAAUACCAAGAAAACGUUUCGAUAAUUGCAGAUGUUACGAGCUCCGUCGCUCGCACCUUGGUCUGCGAAUCUUUGAACGACAACGAAUGCACGCGCUGGAUUCAUUGUUGCAAUGCGGCAGCGAAGUGUUGUCAACGGCAACUAAGAGUAGCUAUUGAAAACGUUACUUCGGGUUUAUUUUGUCCCCGAACCUGGGACGGCUUCGGAUGUUUCGAUGACGCGGGACCCUCGACUCGGAAUUACAUAUCAUGUCCAAGCUACGUGGAACACGCUUCAUUAUCUGCGAUGGCGUAUAAGGAUUGUACGGAGAAUGGAACGUGGUGGGUUAACCCAGAUACAAAAUCAGAGUGGACGAAUUACACAACAUGCGUACAGAAACAGGAUUAUCACUCGGUGGUUUACGUUGCGUUGGCGUGUAACAUCCUCAGUUUGGUACUUCUGAUACCGGCCUGCGGGACAUUUCUCGGCAUAAGACAGCUGCGAACGCAGAAACGAAUUAAACUACAUCUCUGCCUGUUCCUCUCAUUUAUAUGUGCAUGCAUUAUUACAAUUAUCUGGGAUGUCGCCGUAUAUCUCGACAGGCUACAAAAGCAACGAAGUGAAACUGUGAUGCAUAGUAAUUCUGGCGCCUGUAAGUUGCUGUAUAUCCUGACGCGCUAUGUGAGCACAGCUAACUUCUUUUGGAUGUUCUGCGAGGGCUUCUAUCUGCAUCGGUUGAUCGUCCAUGCAUUCUCUACGCCCAAAUCCUUGAUGCCGUAUUACAUUUUUGGGUGGCUCAUCUCCUGGGUCCCCAGUACAAUCUACGCAAUUGUUCGCGUCUCUGAUGUCGAAUACAACGUUAGCUGCUGGGUCUAUAAUAUCGGCGCAUUUGAAUGGUUGCUGUACACACCUAACCUGAUAUGCGUGUUGGCAAAUGUGGUGUUUCUCGCCAAUAUACUGAGGAUUUUAUGUUCAAAGCUACAAGCGCAUCCGAAUGAACCAAAUAAUUACAGAAAAGCUUUGAAAGCUACGUUUGUGUUGAUACCUCUUUUCGGCCUUCAACAGUGUAUAGUUAUAUAUCGACCACCACCAAGUUCAUCGAUUGCGUUUGCAUACGAGGUUACACAAACGGUCAUAACAAAUACACAGGGUGCUUUUGUGGCGUUGAUUUUCUGCUUCAUGAACGGAGAGGUUCAAACGUACCUACGAAGUAAACUAGGGAAGCGCAUGAACCUGAGUUCCGUAACAAACAAUGACCGGAUGAACAGCAUGUCUUCCGCCACCCAGAUUACAUCAUACACACCUAGUCGGAAUGAAAGCAAGUCAUUCGAGAGAACAGACAAGGGUUACAUCGCAUUACAGCUUUCAAGUACAACUGGUACUUUAGGAAAUCCUAGUGUGAGCAAAUCCACGAAUGGAAGUGUGUAGUUUUUUUUACAUGAACUCAUAUUUAACCGACACACGAGACAACAUUUGAUAUUUCUUUGCUGCAUAAUUAAUUGUGAACGAUACAUUUACCUAUUAGUAAUGUAUCUACCUAUCGAUUAUUAUAUGAUUUUACUAUUUUUUAAAUUGUACUGUUUUAUUGUUUGUUAAAGCAAUGCUGCCUAUUUGUUGUUGUAAUGCUGAGUAUAUAAUUAAUGCAAUGCAUGUAUAAUUCUUUAUGUAUGUUUCUUCGUUUUACAAAAAGUGUUGAAAAUAAUGGCACAUAUUGUAAGUUAUACUGUUUUGGUCUCGCACGUAUAUAAUAAAGGCUUUACCGUU